AUGGUGAACAAUAAUAGUGAUGGCAAGGAUACAAAGGAAUUUGAAAACUUGUGUAUUGCUCAAAUGAAAUCAAUGGAACAUGAUAGUGGGCACUUAAACGAACUUCAAAAACAGAAGAGUGAAUUGAUAGAAGAAUUGUUUACUCUUCAGAGAAAACUUAAAGUUUUUGAAGAUGAAGAGAAUGAAGCUAUUUGUACUACCAAAUACCUAGAGGCAGAAAAACUUAAAAUCAGUGAAAGGCCUCAAAAUGAUGCUGAAUGCUUAAGACUUAAAAAAGAAUUAGAACUUUAUAAGGAAGAUGACAUGGAAAGUGUUUAUGAAGCUCUCCAAACAGAAAUAGAAUUUUUGGAGUUGACAUUGGCACAGAAAGAUCUUGAGGAAAAAAAAUAACUUGUAGAGAAUUGAUCAGCCAUCUGAGAUUUGACCAAAGCAUCUUAGAAUCAAAUCUUUGUGAUAGAUUAAUGAAUGGUACCUAUUCAAACAGAUUCCUGUGGAAAAUAUGAGGUCCAGAAUAUUCGAAAUUGUUGAUAUCUAGAAUAGGUUUAUUAGCACUUAAAAAUAAUUUUUUUUACUCACUGGAAUUUUAAGAGGUCUUAAAUGGUUUGAUUUCGUUUCUAAAGGAAGAGAAAGGAGAAGUAGAUAUUGUAUUCCCAGGCUUCUUAUAUCCCCCUGACCCUCAAGCUGCUCUAUCCUUCUCUGUCUUUCCGAUCUUUUCAUUCUUCGUUGUAGCUUACCUCAGGUACAAUCAUACGUACAAAAGAAGAAACACUCAGAUUACUGACCCAAUUUUGUUGGCACCAUUUCAACAAAGGUGCUUACUUUCAUUUUAAUCCUUCUCUAAUCAUAAGAUGUCUGUCGACAGAGGUCCUCUGAGGCCCUUCAUCUGCAAAAGCCAGUUUUCUCCACUUUUCUCUGUGUGUUUGUGAAGUCUGGGGCACCUGCAGCCAUUUUCCAGCAGUUCGUGCCUGCCAGUUUUCUUCCUAAUGUCAUCGGUGGUGGUUAGAAUGAAAUAAGUUAUCCACUUGCAGAGGUACAUAAUCUCUUUAUAGCCAUCAGGAUUCAUUUUUGCUGGUGGCCUGAAACAUUGUAAAUGACAACAGUAUACUUAUGGUUGUAUCAAUCAUGCUAUUGCCACCAAACUUCCAACAUCACUUAUCUUUCUGCAGUUACC